UCUUCGCCCGGGAGUAGCACAGUUGCGGUCAUUUCAGUGGAUGAGCUCUGGCGCUGGGCAGAGGCGGGAAGCGAGGAGACGUCAGCGGGAGGCUUAAAGUCUACCUGUUGUCUUGUUCGAGGUGGUGGUCUGACUUGGCAAGGACUAUGUCAUGGAUCAAAGAAGGAGAGCUGUCACUUUGGGAACGGUUUUGUGCCAAUAUCAUAAAGGCAGGCCCAAUGCCCAAGCACAUUGCAUUCAUAAUGGAUGGAAACCGUCGCUAUGCCAAGAAAUGCCAGGUGGAAAGGCAGGAGGGCCACUCACAGGGCUUCAACAAGCUGGCUGAGACUCUGCGCUGGUGUUUAAACUUGGGCAUCCUAGAGGUGACAGUCUAUGCAUUCAGCAUUGAGAACUUCAAACGGUCCAAGAAUGAGGUUGAUGGCCUAAUGGAUCUGGCUCGGCAAAAGUUCAGCAGCUUGAUGGAAGAACAAGAGAAGCUGCAGAAACAUGGGGUGUGUAUCCGGGUCCUGGGUGAUCUGCAUCUGUUGCCUUUAGACCUCCAGGGACUGAUUGCACAAGCUGUACAGGCCACAAAGAACUACAACAAGUGUUUCCUCAACGUCUGUUUUGCAUAUACAUCCCGUCAUGAGAUCACCAAUGCCGUGAGAGAGAUGGCGUGGGGUGUAGAGCAAGGGCUGCUGGAUUCCAGUGAUAUCUCUGAGUCCCUGCUUGAUAAAUGUCUCUACACCAACCACUCUCCUCCCCCCGACAUCUUGAUACGGACUUCUGGAGAGGUUCGACUGAGUGAUUUUCUGCUCUGGCAGACUUCCCACUCUUGCCUAGUGUUCCAACCCAUUCUGUGGCCAGAAUACACAUUUUGGAACCUCUGUGAAGCUAUCCUGCAGUUCCAGAGGAACCAUAACACACUUCAGCAGAAGGCCCGAGACAUGUAUGCAAAGGAGCUGGGGAGGCGCCAGCUGGAGAGGGACCGGGCUGCAGUGGCAGAGCAGCUGCUGCGAGAGGGGCUCCAGGCCAGUGGGGACGUCCAGCUCCAACAGACCCGCCUGUGCAGACUCUCCACCAGCCGUGAAGAGCGAGUCCAAGGCUUCCUGAAGGCCCUGGAAUGCAAGAGGGCUGACUGGCUGGCGCAUCUGGGCACUGCAUCACCCACUUUGCCCUGACCUUUGCCUCCGGGGCCCCCUUCCCCUCUUUUCUUGGUGAAAGGCACCUCCCUCCCAGGAGAGCCCCCAUGGCCACGUGCGCUGGCAGUGGACACCUUUGGGUGGCCUGGGACAGCAGUAGCUCCUCGGGAGGAUUGAGGGUGAUAGUAUUCCACAAGGACACUUAACUCCUGUAACCAGUAGAUUUGGAGGACAGAGGGCCACAACUCAGCUGGCUGCCUCCCCGUCUGCCUGUGCUUUUGGAUGCACUUUGUUUCCACGAGUACGUCUUUGAACACGUAGAAUUGCAGGAAAGAGGUCUUUCCCAGAGCCCAGGCUCUUUCCAUCCAUCUUUGGCUCUACCUUGGGUCUGCUGGUAAAUAGCUAGUAGGCAGCCAGAGUUACUUAGGCAAGGCAGAAAGGGGUGGGAGAGACAGAAAAUUUGCCCAUCUGCUGCUCCUCCCCUUGGAUCUCCACCUGGGAUAUGCUAUUGAGGUUCUACCCUCACCCACCAUGCAGGACUGAUUGCUCACUGAAAGGCUCAGCGCCCCCAAUGGUGCACAGAAGCCAGGCGGGUGAUUACAAUCCAAUUACCUAUUGUCGACUCAGCCCACACAAGCUUUUCUCCCCCUCUUGCAGGGCUUGGGGCCAGGCUCUGCUCCCAGGGAAAUUAGCCCCCUCUGUGGCUUCAGGGUAACAGAAUGGCCUGAGUGGGCCCUGGUGAGCAUCAAGACUGAGAAGAACCAAGCAUUUCACCCAUUUGCCUCUGCCCUCUGACCCCUGUCCUCACCAUCACAAACUCUAGAUUCCCACUUCCAGUCGCAGAGGCUUCCUAAGUAGGCUCCAAAACCAAUUAUCCUUAGCAUGGCAGAACUUGGUGUGAGGGCUAAGGCUGUCCAGCAGGAAGAGAGCAGAGUGGAGGCUGUCCUUAACUCCUCCUGCCAGGCGUUGCUGCCUGCUGUAGAGUUGCUGGAUUAGUGCCUCUGACGAGCUGUCUGCCUGGCAACUGUGCUUCAGGUGUCCCAGAGCAGCAAGUACCAGCCAGAAAUACCGACUGAACGCUAUUUACCAGUAUUCUCAUUUUACUUUCUGCAAGCCAUUUUCCCAGCACCUCCAAGAGAAGUGCGAUCUUGUAAGCAGCAUUGAGCACAUCCUGUAGACCCCUAACUUUCCUGUACCCCAGUCCCUUCCUGCCUUUCUGUGUACUUUGGAUGCCUCUUACUGGGGAUGCCUUGGCCAUCUCUGCUCCCAGAAUCAAGUAUAAAUGCCAAACACUGCAAUUGAGAAGCCAAUCUAUGCACCCUUGGCAAGCCCCCCCUACACACCUGGCACUCCCCACUACCAGUCCCUGGCACAGAGUUCCCAGAGAGCAGGUGCUGUACAUUUUCCAGCUUUACAAUGGGGCUGUUGACAGCUUUAAUUAGGGAGGCAUGAAUUAUGUUGCUAUAACGAAUAGCCCUACAAUUAAGGCGGGAAUGGAGGCAGCAAGCGGAAUCUGCCCUGUGAGCCUCGCUGUUGAGUCCCGUCUCUUCUCACUUUCCCUCUUCGUUGGGGUACAGUAGAGGUGAUUAAUGGACCAGGUCUCUGGGGGUGGAGUAGGCAGGAGCUGCCUCGGGAGGCAUUGUGGGGGUGGGAAAGAUGCAAAUUUGACUGCUGCCCAAAGCAAGAAGCAAAAUACUUGUUUUCUUUCUGCUGGUCUGAUUUGUGCAAACUAGCCUCACCCUAGCCUCAGAAUCUCAGGCGAGGCCGUUUGUCCUCUCGCCUGAAAGCCAAGCCCCAUGGCUGAGAAUACUUAUCCUGAUCUCAUGUUGUGGGUCGAAAUAGAUUUUAAAUUCUUAGAUAUGACUUGUCUGCUAACUGCAACGGAGGUACAACCCUGCCUUGCUCCUGCUGCUUUCCGUUUUUCCUGGGGCACGCUUGGCCAACUCCACGACCCCUGGCUCUGGGCUGGGGCACACCCGAAGAGCCCUCUUGCCAUCACACCUGUUCCUCUACUUGUUUCCUAAUCCCCCGGCGCUCUCCUCGGCCCUCCAUUUCCUCCCGCGGGUGAAAGGAAGCCAGCCUGACAGUGUGGAAGGAGGGAUUUCACCAGCUGCGGCGUCGGCAGCGCCCCGGCCCGGCGGCCGAGUCGAGCGGGGGCAGCUGGGCUCGGUGCUCGGGGUGGGGGGGGGAGGGGAGUGCCCGGAGGCCGCCGGGGCGACCGCGCCGCGCUCCCACUGGGUC